AUCAUCUCACAUCAUGGGUGAAUUUCAUGAAGUCGCCGUGGAAGACACGAUCUUCUCGCAUCCGAAGAAUUCGGUCCAGUCGACCAACCAUCAGUCGGCCGGUGACAAAGCGUGGGCAAACAAUUACCUCCCAAUCACCAAGUUCACCCUCCAUUCGAGCACGCCCGAUGUCCACGUAAUGGACACCAUCAAUUCUACGUUUGGGCGACUUUUGGGGGAUGAUAUAGUUAGGGCCGGUCAAGGCAGCGCCAAUCCGACUCAUCGAAGAUGGUUGUUAAAUUCAACGGAAGACGCCGUCAACUUUUUCAGUGCUGAAGUUUCCGACCCUGUCCUUAACGGGUUCAAUAAAUACCCAGAAAUCGUUUCGACAUAUCGUCAAGGGCCUCUUUCAACUGAUGAGGAUGAUGACACGGUCGAUGUCCAUUACUCCAUGUUAGUGGGUGAUGAGAGAGUCCCCGUGCUAAUUGGGAAGUUUCAAGAUUGCCUGAUCAUGCCAGAGCAAUGGGAACGAGGACGCCUGACCGGCAGUCAAAAAAGCCUCUCUCGAGAGCUGCGAGGCUACGCGGAUAUGUACGCCUGUCCCCAUGUGUUCUGCUUUGACGGUGAGCGCCUUUUACUGCUCCAGUUCAGAGCAAGGACAAAAGCGGAAAUCAACGAUUCCGAUUGCGACGUCGACUGUUGGAUAAUCCCUCGCGAUGGUCCUUUCACUCCCGAUGCUAUUGACGACGAGUGCGGAUUGCGGUAUGGGCUUUACCGAUUUCUAGUCCAGGGGUUUCGAAGAUGCCAAGGGUUGGCUGCUCUCGAUGUAGUUCUGAACGGGUGUCGGCCAGCCAUACGUGAGUGGUACAACGGACGGCCAUUGUGGGACAUUGGUGGCGGCAAGUACGAUGCCAGUCCGUGGGGAUACCACCGCAAACUCGACGGAUACUCGGGGGCUUGGUACUGGACUGGUGAUGACAAGAAGAGCAACAUGCUCUGUGAAAACAACUUGGUCGCGUGGGAUACGCCGAAGUUCUGGUAAUAUUGAUGAGCCGUUGAAGCCGUUGAAUCUGUUCCGGCUCACGGAUGAAAAGUGUGAGGUUCUAGUAGUUACCGAUCGGGCGACCCGGGUCCGUCGCCUUCGAGGGUUUGUACGGCCCGAGGUAGUCUCACUUUUGUCAGAAAGUGUUAAUCUAGUGUGUUUGUCAGAAUUCUAUACUUGCC